AUGCUAAAAAAGGCGCGAAAAUUCGACGACUGCGACCUCGGCUCCGUCUCGAUCCCAUCGACUUGGAAUCGGAAGGAGCGGAGCUACGCGGAAGCUGGGCAGAAUACCGAUGCAUUAAAGACAGAAGAUGACGAUCUGGAAGUGACGGGUAUGGUGUGUGGUGGGUUUGGGCGAACAGCUCUCCUAGUCGGAAGCCGUGAUCACGAUGGCUUUUGUGUCCACGAUGGGAAAGUUGUCGUCCGGAAUCGGGGCACGACAAUCGUCCACGCAAGCGGUGUCUGCCCCUCUUCAGCCUCAUUCUCCCCUCAAGGCCUCCUUGCCGUCGGCAAUUCCAAUGGCGAAAUUAUCAUCAUUAAGGGGGAGGUCGUGCUCCUCACUGCAAAGAUCCAUCAGCUUGCGGUGACAUUUGUGAAAUGGUUGAGCUCGACGCAAAUGGUCAGCGCGUCUAUGGAUGGAUCUCUGACGAUCUCGACGUUAAAUGGGGCUGAACUGCAGAUUAUACGGAGCAAAAGCUUGGCAAUUACGGAUUUGCCGGCAAAGCAUAGAAAAGCUGGAUCAUCUUCAAAGAAAGUAGCCAUCGUGGCAGGCAGCCAUCUGGAUGAUGACGUGGUUGUGGCCACAGAAACGGGCGGUCUAUUCUUGAUCAAUAUUUCGUCAGAAGAUCUGCCGAUUCGAACAAUCCCCACUCGACCCCAUGCAUUAAUAGAUGUUCGAUUGAUGCCUGACCAAGGCUUCUUGCAAUGGAUGGAACACUUCUCGAUGCUGUACCCAUCAAUCCCAUCUCAAUUACGAGCGAAGAACACCUACGAGCUGGCCGAGGUGACCCUGAAGGACGACCGGCGAAUGGACAAGGAAUUCUAUGAGACGAUGGCGGAUACGAAAGCUCUGCCCGUAUUUGCUUACUUGGAGGAUGUGUGCCAGCUUGAGGAGCUGCGCACCGAGCUCAACAAGCUGAACGCCAACAUCGACCCGAAGGGCCCGCAGGACACGAGCGACAACUUGCUGGAGGUGGUCAAGCACGCCGGCCUGAUUGGAAACUUGAAAAGCAAUACAGAGGUCGAAGUGAUGCUUUCGUCCAUCUCCUCGUUGAUAGUAUGCGUCCCAGCCGACCGCGCCUUCGAGGUCGUUUCCAAAUUUUGCGAACAACUGACGCCUGAGCGAUUUGGGGGCGAAGGCUGGAGAAGCCCUGCCGGAGCUGCCGCACGCGUUUUGUCCAACUUGUUCCACGGGUUUGCCAAGAUCGGCGAUAUUCAGCAGGUUGUGUUUGAGCGUCUCGUCGUGAUCUGCCACCGAGCGCGUUUGAUUUCUGAUGUGGACACUGAUAUAGCCGUCAUCGAUGGACACAUGAAGAACUGGGGCACAAACCGAGAGGGUCGUCAGCGCAUCCUUCGCGCGCUCCACGCCGCAUUACUUCACGAUGAACGAGCUGAUCAAGCCGCCAAGGUGAUGCUCGAGUUGCUCGGCACAUACACGGCCGCUGAUGCCCCAGCCGCGCACGAGGAUGCUCGGGAGUGCGUACGCACGGCCGUCGUCGACCCCAAAAGCUUUUCCUUCGACCAUCUAGCACGUCUGGAUGCUGUCCACCACCUUGAGAAAGCCGAUCCGUUGAUGCACGAGGCGCUAAAUUUAUUCAUCUCGGGUACACUCAAGGACUACCAAGCCUUCGUCAAGCGCAACCCGACCUUUGUUUCGGAGAAGUUGAGGGUGAACGAAGAUAUUUUGGUCAAGAAGAUGCGCCUCCUCACGUUGAUGUCGAUCGCCGAGAAGAACCCUGUUAUUAAACUCUCCGAACUUUCUUCCGAGCUCUGCCUCCCCGACGACGAGGAGCUCGAAGAAUUCAUUAUUGAAGCCAUUCAGGUGAACGCAAUCGCCGGCAAAGUGAACGAGGUGGAGCGUACAUUCUCCGUCGCAUCAUACCAGCAUCGCACUUUCGGCCGGGAACAGUGGCAAGGGAUGCGUGCCCGCCUCCAUGGACUCAUCGCCAGUCUCCGCACCUCCCACCAAAAUAUUCAAACCGUCAACCAAGAGAUCCUGCAAUCGUCCGCC